UCUAAUUGUUGACAUGAGAUCAAGAAAUGAGGGACGACACGAGAUGUACGCAGAGUUUUGGGAUGAAGCAACAAAGUUCAUAGAAGAGAUGCAGCUAGCAACAGUGGACGACAGAAGGCAUGGUCAAGUUUGCCACAUGGCUCUCGCACUGUCUGUCCCAGACUUCAUCAAUCAGGUUUUCAAGAGGCUUCCAGAAGGAGCAAAGGUACCAUCUUCAACGUGGGUCAGCCUGCAGUUCUGGCCCAAAAACGCAUUUGUUGACAAAGCAAUCCGCUACACCGGAAGACUUGGAGUGAAAUACAUGGUGCAGAGUAGGCAGUUGAACCAUGAUCAUCCAGAUUGCCACUAUGCAGCUGCGGUAUUCCGGUACUUCAGAGAGUUUGCUGUCAUGUUCAGGCAAUCAUGUUCUGUCGUUUUUCUUGAUGACAAACAUGCCAUCAAAGUAGGUGAACCAGGUUUCCCUGUCGCUGCAGUGGAUCGUGGGAAAUCUGUACUAGUGGCAAAGAAUACAACAUUUGCAGUUGCAGACCAUGAUUUCACCAAGCUGAAGUUGACACCCAGUGUUAUCCUUGUGUCUGAUGUCCCAGAAAGUGCAGAUGACUCCUUCUAUCGUGGCAAAGUUUUCAUCGCUCUUAAGGACGCCACUUUCCAGUCCUCAUCUCCGAUCAGACAUCAGACGGAGCUAUACGAUGUGCUGAACCAGGCUGGAAAGCUUGGCCUACCAAUCCUGUUACAGUACAGUGAUGGAGGCCCUGAUCAUAGAGUGACUUAUAUGAGUGUUCAAGUGUCGCUGAUCUGUAUGUUUGUGAUACUCGACUUGGACAUGCUUGUCUGUGCUAGGACAGCUCCCCAGAACAGUUUUCGAAACCCAGUAGAAAGAAUCAUGAGUAUCAUCAACCUCUCCCUGCAGGCUGUUGGGAUUAUGCGUGAAAAGUUGCCACCAGAGAUGGAGAAGCUCAUGGAGGGUGUAAACAGCAUGAAAGAUGCAAGAGCACUGUCACAGAAAUACCCUGCAUUCAAGGAGGCUGUGGUUGCCAGCACAGAAAAGGUUCGCGCCAUGCUCAAUGAACUGUUCCAACGCCUGUGUCUAAAGGGUGAGCCUUUUUCCACAGUUGACCCUGCCACAGAUGAUGAAGUUGAGGAAAUGUGGAAUCUCAUCCUACUGAUCGACCAAACAGUUACGAAAGAAGACACAACAAAAGUCAAGAUGCAAGCUAAGAAGGACCUUGCUGGCUUCAUGCAGCAUUGCUGCAUUUCCAGGCACUAUUUCUUUUCAAUAAAGAAAUGUGGAAACAGUGCAUGCAAGUACUGCAAAAAACCACGACUUCCUCCUGAAAUGUUCAGCAGACUCAAGAACUUCCCUGAUCCUGUGAUAGAUGCAAGUGGUGAACACUUCAAGCAGUUUCAUGAGGUGUAUGGAACGGACACCUCAGAAAACCACAGGCCAAGCCUGAAUGCAUCAAGAACCACUGGUCAUGGAAUGCCUUUCAAUCCAUCGGCAGAGAACACAAGAGGCAUCGUGAUGUGUCUGGACUGUCGAAGACCAAGAACGAUUCACAGCUUGAAAGCUUUGACAACAAAACAGAAGACCCAGCUAGAUGGUCUGAAAGAAGAAUCGAUGUACACUUGUGGAGUGGCCUGGAUCACUGAGACACACCCACUACAUGACAUCUGUUUUGUAAACAGGGCAGUGACAUGCACUUCACCAGUAGCACAGUACUACUAUUCAGCCAGACUGAAGUCAGGGGUGAUGAAGACGAUGCUGCCUUUGGUGUGCUGGAACUGCGGUGAGGAGGAAACGCUGCCCAUACCAGCAGAGAAGACGGCUGCAUACCAGUCAAUAAAUCCUGUUUGUCAGGUGUGCCAGAGCCUUGGGGUGACUGAGAGAACAAGAGGGAAGAGGAAGAUGAAGAGGAGAAGGGAGGAGACAGAAGAAGAUGACAACUGAGACUAGUGAGAGAACAGUGUCAGGCCUGCAAAAAUGUGAAAGAAACAGGA